AUGCCGGCGUCGAGAGGGCGUCGCAGUGGAUCCAAGGCGGCUGGGCCGGCCAGCAAGCGCAGGAAAGCCGCGGAGGACCCCGGCGAUGCGUCUCUGGAUAGCUUCUUGACGAAGCUUGCGGCACGUCUCGCUGGAGAUGACGGCGCCGUCGCCAAGGACCUGGGCAAAGAGGACCUCGCUGUAGCUCUGGAUGCCUCCCUCGCUGCUCUCUCGGACGCCAAGAUCAAGGGCGCGAUCACGGCCGACACGGACGGCUGCGUCUCGCGCCUAGCCGAGCUCCUGGGUCUGCAAGACCACCCCAAAACGGAGGCGGGGCGGAAAGAGAAGGCCCCAAAGGCCAAGAAGCGCCCGUCCAAGGCCGCGCCAGCGAGCUCCGUCGACGACAUCGCCGAUUUCGCGACGGAUAUCGCCGGCACGCUGCUCGACAGGUCGUUCCAGGCCGCCGAGACUUCUUUGGCAGGCAGCCACGAGGCCGGCGCCGGCCUCGCCGUCGCCUGCGCACGGUUCCCGCCCAGCAGCGCCGCGGUCGAUAGCCUCGUCGAUCGGUCCACCGGGGGAGCGCUCGCGAAGGCGAAGCGAGCCGACGGCGUCGCGAGCGCUCACAGCCUGCUGGGUAUGACGGCAGCGGCCGUCGCCGCCCCCGCCGCGGCGGUCGACGCAGCGCUCGGCAACGCCGCGGUGGCGGCGGCCCUGCGUGAGGCGUGCGCCGAAGCCACAUCGAUCGAGGACGUCACGGCGGUGCGCGAGGCCGCGUCGCGCUGCGUCGCGCGCACGUGCCUGCUGCUGCGGUGGGCCGCCGCCUCCGGCGACCCCGACCGCGGCCAGCCGUACGGCCUGCCCGACCCGUCCCCGCCGAGCACAGAAAGCUCCGGCGCCGGCGCGCUCGUGGCGGCGCUGAGUGCUCAUGCCGAGUGCGAGCUGGUGCUUGCCGCGAACGGGCGGGGGGGCUGCCCCGGAACCGUCGGCCUCGCGAAGAAGCUCGACGCAGGCCUGGCGGCGGCCGGGCGCCUCGGCGGCAUCGCCGCGCAGCUGUUGCCUGCGCUGGCAGCGUCCGACGAUGGAGCGCUGCAGCCGUGCGGGGCAUCGGCUGAUGGGAAGUCGGCGUCCGCGGACGCCCUCUGGCUGGCGUUGUACGAUGCAACGUACGCCGCUGGGGCCGAGGGGCUCGCUGGCGCGCCGGACGCGGGGCAGCACGGUCUGGUGUUAUACCUGCGUCAAGUGGCCGUGCUGCGGCGGGCCGAGACGCUGCUGAGCCGCGUGGGACGUCGGGGCGACGCCCGGACGGCCGCACUGCGUUUGGGGCGCGGUGCUCCGCCGCAGGAGCUCCGGGCGUGGGCGGCAGCGCAGACGCAGGCGCCCGCGGUGGCCGCGCUGGUGGCCGCGGGGGAGCGGGGCGGGGCGGCGGCGAUCCUGCGGUUCCUUUCGAAGGAGGCGUCUGGGGACGACCUCGCGGUGCUGCUGCGGCUCGCGCAGGCCUCCGAGGCCGCGGAGGGGGGGCGGGGAGAGGAGGGGGGGGGUGUGGAGGCGCUGGCGGACGACGUGCUGUUCACGGUGGACGGCGGGGGCGCGGCGGGGCAGUUCGGGCCGGCGUGGAGGCCGUCGGCGAGCGGUGGGGAGUCCGGGGAGGAGUCGGACGGGACGUCGAGCGACGGAGAGGGGGGGAGUGCGGAUGCUGACGCGGCGUUGCAACGGCUGCUCGGGCGCCGGAAGGCGGGCGUGGACAUGGCCGCGCUGGACGAGGGAGGCAGCGGGGACAGCAGCGGUUCGGAGGAAUCGGAGUAG